UCCGCCUCGAGCCGGAAGCGCCGUGUCUAUCAGAGGGGGCACCGGAGCGUGGGGACUUCUUGGAGAGUUUGAGCGGCAGCACUGCGACUGCUGCGAGAGUGACCGACUUGGGCACCAGAGUCCGGCGUGGUGAUGCUGACCCCGGCGUUCGACCUUAGCCAGGACCCCGACUUCCUGACUGUCGCUAUCCGCGUGCCCUACGCCCGGGUCUCCGAGUUCGACGUCUACUUCGAGGGGGUCGACUUCAGGUUCUACGCCAAGCCGUACUUUCUCAGAUUAACCCUUCCUGGAAGAAUUGUAGAAAAUGGAAGCGAGCAGGGAUCCUAUGCUGCAGAUAAAGGAAUUUUUACCAUUCGAUUGCCCAAAGAAACUCCUGGCCAGCAUUUUGAAGGGCUGAACAUGUUAACUGCUCUACUGGCACCAAGAAAAUCCAGGACUGCAAAACCACUUGUGGAAGAAAUAGGUGCUUCUGAGGUUUCUGAGGAAGGAGUAGAAGAUGACGAUGAAGAGUUUGAUUGGGAAAUUGAACAGUCUCCCUAUGAAGAGGUACCGGAAAGUACUUUGAAUCCGGAGUGCCGCUAUGGGUUUGGAAACUUACGCUCAGGGGUGUUUCAGCGGUUACAGGAUGAAUUGAGUGAUGUUAUCGAUCUUAAGGAUCCAGAUUCCACCCCUGCAGCUGAACGAAGGCAGAAACGCCUGGCUGCUGAGCUGGCGAAGUUUGAUCCUGAUCAUUACCUAGCUGACUUUUUUGAAGAUGAGGCAGUUAAACAGGUUUUGGAAUAUAAUCCAUGGUGGAUUGAUCUGUAUUCAAAAAUGAUGGCUUCUUUGGGAAAGAGUCAGGAACAAGAAGAUCUUGAUGCGUUAGUGUGUUUUUCUGAAGAAGAGAAAUAUCAGCUGCGGAAAUUUGUCAAUAAAUCUUACCUGCUGGACAAGAGAGCCUGUCGUCAAGUGUACUACAGUUUGAUUGAUAUCCUUCUGGCAUAUUGCUAUGAAACUCGUGUCACCGAAGGAGAGAAGAAUGUUGAAUCCGCGUGGAAUAUCAGAAAACUGAGUCCAACACUCUGCUGGUUUGAGACUUGGACUAAUGUUCAUGAAAUCCUGGUGUCUUUUGGAAGAAGAGUUUUGUGCUAUCCACUUUACCGCCAUUUCAAGCUGGUGAUGCAAGCCUACAGAGACACUAUAAAGAUGUUGCAACUAGGUAAAAGUGCAGUUUUAAAGUGUCUACUGGACAUUCACAAAAUUUUCCAGGAAAAUGACCCAGCUUACAUUCUAAACGAUCUCUACAUCUCAGACUACUGUGUGUGGAUUCAGAAAGCCACGUCCAGAAAGUUGGCAGCUCUUGCGGAAGCCUUAAAGAAAGCAUCCCUGACCAAGGCCCAGCUGGGGUUGGAACUGCAGGAACUGGAAGCAGCGGCACUCUUGGUCCAGGAGGAAGAAGCUGCAUCGAAAGCAGGAGCCCGAUGCAUUUCCGGGCAGCAGACGCCUUCCUCCAGCUCUGAGACAAGCGAUUCGGAGGAGUCAGAGAGCAGCACAUCGUCUGAGACCGAGGACUCAGGCUCGGAACACGAGGAGCCCAGAGGCGGUGAACGUGAGGCAGGGCCUUCCUUGCUCGGUCCCUUUGUUGAGGAAAGCAGCACGGCCCUGCUUCCUGACCAUGGUGGGAUGUGCAGAAGCGUGGUCCUCCCAGGGUCUGAUGAUGGUCAGGGACAGCCGCUCACCCCUCCCCGGGCUCCUGGGGCAUCUGAGCCUCUAAUCCAGGAGCUUGGAGAACAACUGGAGACUUCGGUUCAGAUUUCUGAGCCCAAGGGCUCUGCUGCUGGACAGCGUGCUGAAGAGAGACAGCCGGCAGACGCCCAAGAAUUGACUCCGAGUGGUCUCAUUCGUUAUUGAGAAUUACGUCAGAUUUGGUUUUGUUGACCGAAUGAGAAUUCUUCAUUUUCACUUUGUACUUUUCCUUAGUGUAUACGACAUUGUUUGUCAGUGAGCUAAUGUUGACACCAGUCGGUUUUCUUGUUGCAUCUUUAAAAAUAAAGUUCUAAAGUUUUUCUUAAAGUGUAAUUAAUAUUUGGAGAUAAGAAUAAUAGUUCUGCCAGAAUCUCUAGAAGGUAGAGCCCUAAAAUACUUUGAGUAGCUUUACAGAGAUACGCAGGACAUACAGUAAGCCACAAACAUCUUAAGCAGAUAGUGUGAUAAGUGGUGACAGAUACAUACACCGAAUAAAACCAGUACUGCAGUUGAGAUGCUGUACUUACCCACCAUCUGCAAGUGUCCUCCUACCCCUUCGUCACCCCUCUCCCACCCGCGCCUCUGCAUGCCACCCACCCCCAUUCCCCAGGCAAGCUUCCGUCUGCUCCGUCGCUGUACGUUAGGUUGCAUUUCCUAGAAUUUAAUAUAAAUUGAAUCGUAUAACACGUACUCUUCUUUGUCAGGCUUAUUUCAUUCAGUAUAAUUAUUUUGAGAUACAUUGAUGUAGCGUGUAUCGAGGUUUGGCGGUGUUUUCUUUUCCAUAUCUGAGUAGUAGUUCAUUAAAUGGACAUUUGGGUUGUUUCCAGCUUUCAGCUGUUCCAAAUAAAGCUGUUAUGAACA